AUGUGCAGAGGAAGGUGGCUCGCCGGCCUCCUUCCUCCGCACAUUCGUGUCGAAGAAGAGGCAGCACGUCAACACGUCCUACAACUCAAAAGACCAGUCACUUUCGAUGAAGAGACUUACUACCCUGAAGACUAUGAAACGAAUGUCUGCCCACUCAACAUCCACCCAGCAGUGAAGGUCAAGGGAGUUUUUGUCACUAUUAAUCCUACUACAACCCAUCGUCCCGGAGAAUUUAUCAUGUACACGGACGGGUCAAGAAUAGAUGAAAAGGUAGGAUGCGCAUAUGUAGCCAUGACGCACGACACAGUAAACGAGCAAUGGAAAGGUCAACUCAGACAGAAUAACAGCGUCUUCCAGAGCGAAACGGUAGCAAUCGCAAAAGCAAUUCGCUACCUGCACACACAUCAGCACAGCCAUGCUACCAUCAAAACUGAUAGUCUAUCAUCGCUGUAUGCCAUAUGGAACCCGGACCACCCAUCAGACAUCAUACAGGGCAUACAAAAGGACCUCAGGGAAAACUUUCCUUAUCGCACGAAACUGGAAUGGAUCAAAGCUCAUGCCGGCCACCAAGGCAAUGAGCUAGUUGAUCAACUCGCCAAGGAGGCCAUGACAGAUCCAUCCAGUACGCAAAUAACCAUUCCAUGGCCCCACUCGUUUCUCAAAAAGACACUUCGCUUAAAGGCCACCGGUUUAUGGCAAAGUGAAUGGGACAGCAGCGCCACCGGUUGGCGCACACACUACUUUAUCAUCUACGUGGAUCCCAGCAGAAACACUGCCAACACACAGCUGGUAAGAUUUAUAUCCGGACACGGACCUUUCCCGGAAUACUUCCACAAACGCAGCAUCAGCCACACAAGCCAAUGUGCGUGCGGAGAGAAUGGCUCACCAGAGCACUAUCUUACAUCUUGCCCACUUACAGAAGGGCUGCACAUCAAUCUACCACAGACGAACCGUCAAACCUUUUGUAAGUACAUGAUAAAACAGCGGCACCUAAUUAAAAAGACAGUACAACUGAAUGGACAAACUGUCUGA